AUGUUGGAAGACACGGAGCUCCGCGGAGUCUACGAUACUCUCCGUUCGUCUCGCGAGGGCAUUUAUCGCUGGGGCUUCUACCUCUAUCGCACGACCUAUGACGAUCAGCCGCUCUGGGAACGCUACAUCUCCAACUUCAGACAACAAGCCUUUGACUUUAUCGCGAGAGACUCUUCAAGCAAGCGCGACGAAAUGCAAGCAACUUUCCGGAUAUCAGUCAUAGAGGAUCGAGAGUCUCUGGAUGGCGCAUCUAUCCAAGAGGUCCUGAGGCGAUUUCAAUCUUGGGCCAAUGCUCUUCCGGAUGAAGGCGACGAGAGCCAGGACAUCCCAGCCAACGAUAGCCGCGACUACGCUCGAUUCAACCUUUGCCUUUAUGUGGACAUAGAGUGCCUGAGUUCAUUGGAAACAUCCAUUUCUUUUGUCAAGGUAGUGAAUGCACAGACCCCAUUUCCUGACUCUGAGGAGGAAUACUCGGACAGCGACGAAGACCUGACAGACAGUGGCGAAGAGUCUGAAGCGAGCGAGCACGAUCCCGAAGACGAUUGGAUGUAUCUGGAGUCCGAGUCGCUUUGCCGUUACUACGACAUCAUGAUUCACGGAGCUGAAUGGGAUCGGCAGUCUGGGAUGGUUAAGUACCCCAGGAAGCGCCCAUGGGAUCUUUAA